AUGACUGCGCAAGCUCACUCACAGCAUCCGCCCCCUCGUGCUCCUUCGCCAUCCCCUUCAGAGAAAGAAGACCUCGAGCGGGGGAUCGUAAACUGGAAGAAAGUGUUUAGAUGGCAGACAUGGCUGAAGAAGAAGUAUAUUCCGUGGUAUAUCGGACUCGUUAUCAUCACUGCAUUGACGGUCCUGAUGACCCUAUAUCAUAAAGAAAUCGUGCACUGGCUACGACCUGCAGCAGACUGGAUGCACGAGUUCUCGGUUGGAUGGCUUAUUCCCAUCGUUGUGUUAUUCAUCAUUUCGUUCCCUCCACUAUUCGGCCAUGAGAUCGUUGCUGUACUGUGUGGUCUUGUAUGGGGACUAUGGAUUGGAUUCGCUAUUGUGUGCGCCGGGACUCUUCUUGGGGAAAUUGGCAAUUUCUACGCGUUUAGGUACUGUUUGCGGGGUCGUGCGAUCAAAAUGGAACGCAAAAAUCCAUCCUAUGCUUGCCUUGCCCGUGUUGUGCGGGAUGGAGGGUUUUUAGUUGCGUUUGUUGUUCGACUGAGCGCUAUUCCUGGACAUUUUACUACUGCAGUGUUCUCGACCUGCGGAAUGGGAAUAUGGAUAUUUACGCUUGCAGCCUUCCUCUCUCUUCCCAAACAAUUUAUCACGGUAUACCUCGGCGUUAUACUCGAACAGUCGGCGGAUGGGACUCAGUCAACUCAGGACACGAUUAUCUCCAACGCUGUGCUUAUUGUCACCUUCCUCAUCACCGUUGUGGCAGCAUGGUGGAUCUGGAGAGAGAUGGGUCGAGUGAGGCUGGAGGUGUUGCGAGAACGUAGAGAAGAGAGAAAAGCCAAGCUCGCCGAGGCUGGAGUGGUUGAGCUUGAGCUGAAUAAACUCGACCGACAAUCGGACGAGUCGUCUACUGCAAUGUCCCAUGCUGAAUUGCAUGCUGCGCCAUCGAUGGUUCAGCUCGUGGGAGAUCGUCCGUUUAACCCUCGCUCGUCUGAUGAUGCGCUCGCUGCUCCGCCCGGCUCUUCUCGGAGCGCGCAAAAAUGGGACAAGAAUGGACGAGCCAUAUUAGCAGAUGACACGGGCGUAUAUACUCAAUACGACCCGUAUGGUGCUCCGGCAAACGAGCCUUCUCACCCUCGGUUCCCGGUGCAGUCUCCACAGAAAUCCCGGCACCGUCAAGAAUCGACAGACGGAACGUAUUAUACAGCCCGCGAAGGCCGGACGGCGAUUACCGGGAUAUGCGAACUGGUUAACAUGAAGGAGUCGGAUAGUGAUAAGCUUGCAGCACAAAUCACCCUGUCGAUGCUCCAGUCUAUCAUCGAUCUGACGUUGUUGCCUGGAGGCUUGGUCGAGUUGGGAUAUCCGGACCUCGUUGGUGGGUGUAUCAAAUUAAUGGGUAUGGCCAAGCUCUCAGGCAAAUGUAUGCCUUUUAGAUACGAGUAUGGAUAUCUAUGCUUUCGUAUACUGGUAAUCGCAUUGGAUGUCUGUUUGCUUCAGCGAGCAGGCCGCUUUGACGGCAUCUUGGCGCGAAUACAAGUCGAGUCAGAGGCCGAGGUGCUGUUGAUUCUAUCCAAGGAGGUCUCAGAAUUGGUUCAAGAUACAUACACCGACGAACACGGAAUAAAACAUUUCGAUUGGAUGCUCGGUCUUGUCUCGGGUUCUACUUUUGGUCCUCCUCAGCAAGUGUUCAUGGAUAGCCAUGGACCGGUAGACCUCGUGUCAUGUCUGCAUCAAGACCGGAAGACCUUUUUAAAGGUACUCAACGCGACAUAUUUCCCGGGGUUGUCCGCCGUCUUUUGUUUAUUGUGGAGAUAUAUGAACAGUCCCAUUCACGAUAAAAGAUGCCUAGAAGAAGAUCUUGCAUCUUCAUUUCGCGAGAUGUUUUUCAGAUAUGGUCUCGUUGCUCCGGGAGUUGAACAGGCCGCGCUUGUAGCAAUAUACAGUCACGAUGUCAGCUGGUGGAAACCGGAAGACUCGAGACAGAAGUUCGUUAUAUAUAACCAACGUCUGGCGUCGACCGAUACCCAUUGGUUAUUCAUAUCCAACGCCUCUAUUAUACCGAUUUUACUCCGAUACUUGUCAGCUAAAACCCCUAGUGGAGUGGAGGAUCUACUCCCUGAACUAUUUGGGUUGACAAUUCAACGCCUGUGGGAUACCUGCGUUGAUGAACGUUUCCCAAGCGAUCUAAGUGUGACAAUCACUUGCUAUACCUUUACGUACUUAAAGAAUAUAGUGACUCAUUUGAAAGACAAAUCGUAUUCUAAUCAAUCGGUCGUAGUGGCCCUUGUGCAAUCCUUGGCCGAGAAUGACAUGAUCAACCUAAUAAUGAAAGUUGCAUUUUCGCUGCCGAUUCUACGAGAUGAUGAGGAGUUAUUAAAGAGUCAGUAUAAAUGGACGAUUCCUAGCGAGCGUGAUUUAUCUUUUCAGCUUUCUGGAAAAGAUUUCUCCUAA